AUGAACAACUUCAUACAAGCUUCCGAGAUCAAAGAGCGGAUUCGUAAGGGCCAAGCUAUCGUGAUAUAUCGCGGACACGCUUUGAGACUCGAUAAAUGGAUAAAGUUUCAUCCCGGCGGGGACAAGGCUAUCCACCAUAUGAUUGGCCGCGACGCGACAGACGAGAUGAAUGCAUACCACUGUGACGAGACGGUCGCAGGUUUUUUGAAAUGGAAAAUCGGUAAAAUCGAUGGAGACUGGGUCAAUUGUUUGCCUCCGAUCCAGGGCGGAACGUACGCUGCCAAAGACGAAAAUGAUUCCAGCGAAUCAUCACACAAAAAAGAUGUAUCAGAAGCUGUAACGGGCCCAAAAAUGUGUGGAGAACCCGCGGUCAAAGUGGUCCCCAAAAUGCCCGAGGGCUUGGUUCCGUCGCUGAACAUGACGCAGGCUUUCGAGCAGCACAUCGUGGUGGACCGUGCUCUGUCGCACGCAGACCGCUACGACGACGCUCUUGUUCGUCGCGACCUGGAAUCGUUGCCCAAUCUCGACCCCGCAACGCAACAUUGGCUUUCGCAAGAAUACAACGAAAUGCAUCAAAAAGUGAUCAACGCAGGACUGUACCAAUGCGACUACACACGCUAUUUUAAGGAAGCCACUCGAAUUGCGCUGCUAUUUGGACUCUCUUUGUACCUUUUGUUCGCACAUAAACGCUGGUUUUGGAGCGCAGUGUGCAUGGGAGCUGCAUGGCAGCAAUUGGUGUUCAUAGCGCACGACGCGGGCCAUAUCAGUAUCACACACAAUUACCAAGUCGAUAACAUCAUUGGGAUGGUCGUGGCAUCGUGGAUCGGUGGACUAUCGCUUGGAUGGUGGAAGCGCAAUCACAACGUACACCAUUUGGUCACCAACGAUCCAGUGCACGACCCGGACAUCCAGCACUUGCCGUUCUUUGCUGUGAGCACACGUCUCUUCACAGACGUGUACUCCACGUACUACGAGCGUUUUCUGUGGUUCGACAAGCUAGCACGCAAGACAAUCCCACUGCAGCGCUUUCUUUACUACCCGAUCCUGAGUUUCGGUCGUUUCAAUCUGUACCGGCUGAGCUGGAUGCACGUCCUGCUUGGACAGGGUCCACGGCGCGGCAGCGCCGCGUGGUUCCGCUAUUUUGAGCUUGCUGGGCUCGCCUUUUUUAAUUAUUGGUUUUUCUACUCGGUAUGCGGAUGUGGCCUGUCGACGACGCGGGAACGGGUCCAGUAUGUGUUGGUUUCGCACAUUGUCACCAUGGUUGUGCACGUUCAAAUCACACUAUCGCAUUUUGCCAUGUCUACGUCAGAUCUUGGUGUUGCUGAGGGGUUCGCGAUGCGCCAGCUGCGCACUUCGAUGGACGUUGACUGUCCCAGAUGGCUAGACUUUUUCCACGGUGGACUACAGUUCCAAGUCGUGCACCAUCUAUUCCCACGGCUGCCACGGCACAACUUGCGGGCUGCGCAGCCGUUUGUGAUCGAGUUCUGCAAGAAAGUGGGUUUGAAAUAUUCCAUCUACGGCUUCAGCAAGGGCAACGAGGUGGUCUUGAGCAAGUUAGAGGAGAUCGCUCAGCAGGCAAAGACCAUGUUGGACUGUGCCAAGACGAUGGAGCGCGAUGCACACACCGCUGCGUCGACCAAGACACCAGAACGUCAAAAUUGGGUCCAAACUCAUCGCAGGCUCAAUUGA